CCGCGCGCGCAGGACGCGGUGUUCGACGCCCUCGGCGGCGCGUACGCCAUCAUCGCGCUCGUCGCGCUCGCGCAGCUCGCGCGCAUCCACGCGAGAGUCCCCGAGAUCGGCCUCACGACCCAGAAGGUCUUCCACCUCCUCAACGCGUCCUGCGCGCUCGUUCGCGCCGUCGUGUUCCCGCUGCGACGACGCCUGGACGCGGUGCGGCCGCGCGUCAUCGAGCACGUCCUGCUAGAUCUCCCCGGGCUCCUCUUCUUCAGCACGUACGCGCUGUUGGUGCUGUUUUGGGCUGAGAUUUACAACCAAGCGCGGUCGCGGCCCGUCGCGGCGCUCAAGCCGACGUUCGUCGCCGUCAACGUCGCGGCGUACGUCACGCAGACGGCGCUUUGGAUCGCGGCGGGAUACGAACCGUCGCACCGCGGGACGUUCCGCGUCGCGUCGCUGUCCGUCCUCGCGUCGCUGUCCGUCCUCGCCGCGAUCGGAUUCGCGACGUACGGAGGACGACUGUUUCGAAUGCUCAGGCGCGUUCUUUCUCACACUGGUCCCCAUACGACCGCACGGUUUCCAAUCGAGAGCCGCGGGCGGAGCCGGAAACUCCGCGAAGUCGGAUGCGUCACCGUCGUCUGCACGUUCGCGUUCAUCGCGCGCGCGGGGUUGGUCAUCGCGAGCGAGAUCGAUCCGAGCAGAGACGGGUUGGACGUGUUGGGGCACCCGGCGAGGAACUGCGCGUAUUACGCGUCGUGCGAGAUCAUACCGUCGGGGUUGGUGUUGUACGUGCUGAGGAAGUUGCCGCCGCGGCGG